CUGUAACUUUGAAAGCAAGUGGACGUGUGACGGAAAUUGUAAUCAAAAAAGUGGAAGUGGAGAGCAAAGAAAGUUGUGUAAAUAGAAAAAUCACAAAAGUGCAGUGCAUUGCUGGUGCUGUAUGAGUCUGUAUGUGUGUAUAUGCAUGUCUGUUAAAGAAGAAGAGAGAGCGAGUAAGGGGAUUGCUGCUAUUUAAAUUGACUGAAUUUGACAUUAUUGACGAAGCGAGAAGCAAAGAAAAAUACAUAAAUAGAGAGUCCAGCAUAGCGACAAUAUGUCCACCGUAGAAUCUUCAAGUUCGGCGGUGCAACAGCCACCCUCGUCCACAUUGCCAAUGUUGGGCGACAACCAGGUGUCCACCAUGCAGAUUCAAAUACAAGCCUCAACAUCUUCGGCGGGAGGCAGUAGUAGCAUGUCGUUGGGCGUACCGUUAGAUACGCAGAGUAGCGGUGAGCCUCCAGCUAAGAAGCAAAUGCUUGAUCCGAGUGCGGCUUCCUCCUCGUCGGGAAUGUCCGGCGGCGGGGGCGGUGGUCCAGCUGGAACUGGAUCCGGAACGCACGAGAAGCUUGCGUAUCGCAUCUCGACUGCGCUUUGCUGUGCCGUGUGCUUGGAUUUGCCCAAAACGGCCAUGUAUCAGUGCCAAAUGGGUCACCUGAUGUGCGCCGCCUGCUUCACCCACCUUCUGGCGGACGGACGGUAUGAAACACAAAAGCGCAAAUUAAACGACUUGAAAAAUUAUUUACUCCUACGUGAUCAGAUUGCCACGUGCCCCAAUUGCCGUGUGGAAAUAUCAAAGAGCACCGCAUCCCGUAAUCUGGCCGUAGAGAAGGCAGCUUCUGAGCUACCCAGCGAAUGUCAGUUUUGCAACAAGGAGUUUCCAUACAAAUCGCUGGAACGCCACGAACAGCACGAGUGCCAGGAGAGACCCACAAAAUGCAAAUAUCAUCGCAUCGGCUGCCAGUGGCGUGGACCUCAUCACGAGACAACCGAACACGAACGUAACUGUUUGCAUCCGCAGAAAUCUGGCUAUGAGGUAAUGGCUGCCUUGGAGGCGCAUGAUGUCAAGAUCAAGGAGGAGAAGAAAAUGUUUAGUACAUUGAUUGAUCUACUGAGCUACGAGAAAAUCAUAUUUAAUGAUCUGCAAAUGAAACCAUAUCGCACAGAUGAAUAUGUUCACAAGCUGUUUUAUGAGACCGCUCGCUUUUCGGCUUUUAACCAACAGUGGGUGGUCAAGGCGCGCAUCAACAACAGCCAACGCGAUCCGCAUCAAUCGAAUGAUCGCACCAUUACCUAUCAGCUCAUACUGAAAACGAAAACCAGCACGCCCAUGAGCAUACACUUCUUUGCACUCAAGGGUCCCUUCUCGGACAUGAAGGUCUCCACCCAGAUCUAUAAGCACGAGUUUACAGAGACGAGCACUGAGAGCGAUUACUAUGUGCUGCCCUUGCCGGAUGGCAACGGUUCCGGUUCUAGCGAAUGCAACCGCAUGCUGGCAAACAAGGGCAUUAAUUUCCGUUUACUGAUGUUUCUGCUGAAUAAGUAAAGGGCUCGUUAUAUGCAGUAGUAAAGAUUUUGGAAAUAGUUUAAGUAUGUUGUUUCUAACUCAUAAAUGUGCAAAAAUAGAUAUAGCUAAUACAUAUAUAUAUUUUCUAUCUUAAAAUGUACAUGUACUUUCAACAAGAAAAAACCACCCUACCCCUUAUACUAACAAUCACGAUAAACGAAAGCACUGUAACGCGGUAGGUUGUAAUUGUAACCUAAUAUUAGUCGAGUUUUAAGCUUUAUAUUGCUGGCAACAAAAUAAUGUAAUGUUAAAUUGUCCCACACUUGCUGGGGAAGACAAACAUUGAAAGAUGCGAUAUAUUUAAUUAUAAGACAGACAUUAAUUAGUGUAGAUGAGACACCCCCUGAUUAUGUUUAACCCCGUUUAAUGCCGUUAAUACAGAGCCAUAUGCAUAAAUUUACUAACAUAUGUAUGUACAUUACAUAGCUCAAUGUACAAAUCAAAACAACAGCUAAUUUAAUCAUAAAUAAAUACUACAAACACGGUAUAUAUAUGUAUGUAUCGUGUACAUCGGAAAUGCCAUUUGAGGGAACUAAUUCAUCAAUAAUUUCAACAAAAACUAUGUUAAUCUUUGCUGUUAGUGCAGGUGGAGAAUUUAUGUAGUGUGACUUUAAAAAUGAUAAAAUAUUUUAUUGAUCUCACUCGAAUAAACAAAUACAAACAA